AUGGCCUUUCCCAGCAGCUACACUCGCUACCAAGCUGUCACCAACAACACCACCACCACCACCGACUCAUCAACAGACUACAACUCGGACACGCUCUACUCCACAGCAUAUCACGGCGCUGGCGCAACAAAGACAAUCACCCCAACCAGACAACCUCUAGGAUCACGUCUACUUUCCACCUUCUCCAGCGCCCAGCCAGCAGCAGCAGCGGCAGCAUUAUCCCGACAGGGCUCCGUCCUGCACUCGCGAGCCAAAUCCCUGGCAGCCUUCGUCCCCAGACUCAGCACCAGCAACGGCGCCACAUCCCCCGAACGCACGCAACAGCGCCAUCCCGUCUUCGGAGACCUGUUCAACGGGGAAUCAGCGCCCGUCAGGCUGGGCAUACCACCUUCCUCACCAACAAAGGAAGAAUCCGAGUUCAUCAUGGACUACAAACCCUCCCUCACCGAGCGUCCAACCGGGCCAAGGCGGAAGAGCACUGCACCGACGCAGGGCAGCACAACAAUCACCAUCACCACUACCACCAUCCCUUCUUCAAAACCAACCUGGUUCACCCGGCGACCCACCCUCCCAGCAACCCCCUCCGCAACAAACCCUCCUACAGACAAGCUCCUCACCCUCAACAUCAACACAGCCCUCUUCCCCCACGGCCCCGCCGACCCCCUCUCCCCGCACGCCUACAACGACCUCCUCCUCACCGCCACCACCCUCCUCUCACGCCUGCAAACCGCAUACGCAGAGAAGGUCUCCUACAUCUCAUCCAUCCAGCCAGAGAUCGACGCGCAGAGGGAGGAAGUCGAGGAAGCGGAGACGCGGGCCCAACACCUCAAGAUGCAAUUGGAAGACAUGAGCCGGCAGGCGCAAGAGCAGGAACGGGCGAUGCGGGAGAUGGCGUUGCAAUUAGCCGGGGAGAAGAUGAAGGUGCAGGAACUGCGAGAGAUGGCGCAGAACAGCAUCAAGCUCGUCCGUCGAUCAACGGACGAGCUGGCGGAUGAAGUGACGCCGAGAAGGAUAAAAAGGGCGUCCGGAAGUAGCGCGGGUAACGCGAGUGAUUCGGGCUUCGAGUCCGACCUCGAGUACGCCGACUCCGUCACUUCUGCCGGCGCGGAAACGCCGCUCACACCGCCUCCCACUAUGACGCUGACGUUGACGCCGGCGUACGAUGGGCACGAUUGGGCGGCGACAGCUGUACAGCCAUCGACUCACUACUCGCGGGGAAGCACUGCGUCUGGCUGCAGUCGGCAGGCGUGGAAUCGGCACGGCGGAAAUGCAAGCGGAAGUGAAGCGCGCGUGGGCGGGCAAGUCGCGGCGUGGGCUACCGUCGAGCAAUUGCGGGGGGAGAAUGUGCAGUUGCGGCGGCAGGUGGAUGAGAUGGAGGGGACGUUGCAGGGGUGUAUUGAUCUCGUUAGUGGUGGGUUGAAGGCUUGA